AUAGCCUGUGUGUGAGUGAAAGGGGGACAGGGAGUUUGUGAUAGAGUUAACUUGCUGUGUUUCCAGUAGCUUUUGGAGUAUCAGUGUAUUUCCUGAUGAUAUGGAUUAUAAUCUGUGUGGCAGAGGUCAGUAGGCUGUCCUGUUUGUCAGGAUCACAGCAAGGGAAACCCUGAUUGGCCUGGAGCAGUGAGCAGGAAGUGUUGACCUCUGUCCUUGAAUAUGGGAUCAUCCACUUUAGGAAAGGCAGCGUCUCUUGAUGCUCUCUUAAAUGAAUGCAUUCAUGCAUUUGAUGACAAUGGGCAGCUGCAGGGCAACCUGCUUCCUCGCAGCCUCCUGAUGAUGCACCGCUGGUAUGUUACAUCCUCAGAGCUGGCGGGAAAGUUAUUGAUGAUGUACCGUGACUGCAAAGAUGACAACUCUCAGAGAACCAGGCUGAAGAUUUGUUAUUUAAUGAGGUACUGGAUAGUCACAUUCCCUGCAGAGUUCAACCUGGAUUUGGGUCUGAUCCGGAUUACAGAAGAGUUCAGAGACUUGGCUGCUCAGCUCGGCUGUGAAGAGCAUUUCAAGUUCCUCGACAUCUCCACUAUUCCGUCGUACGACUGGAUGCGUAAGCUGACCCAGCGGAAGAAGCAGGCUAAGAAAGGAAAGGCUUCACUGCUGUUUGACCACCUGGAGCCCAUGGAACUGGCUGAGCAUCUCACCUUCCUGGAGUUCAAAUCCAUCCGGAGGAUAUCGUUCACGGACUACCAGAGCUAUGUGAUCCAUGGCUGCCUGGUGGACAACCCGACUCUGGAGCGCUCUAUUGCUCUGUUCAACGGUGUGUCGCAGUGGGUCCAGCUCAUGGUGCUGAGCAAGCUGACACCGCAGACCCGGGCAGACGUUAUCACAAAGUUCAUCCAUGUGGCUCAGAAACUUCUACAGCUACAAAACUUCAACACUCUGAUGGCGGUGGUGGGAGGACUGAGUCACAGCUCCAUCUGUCGACUAAAAGAGACUCACUCUUAUUUGACUCCAGAGGUUUUGAAGAUCUGGCGCGAGAUGACAGAGCUGGUCUCCUCCAACAACAACUACUCCUGCUACCGGAAAGCCUUCAACGAGUGCCAGGGCUUCAAAAUCCCCAUCCUGGGUGUGCACCUCAAGGACCUCAUCGCAGUGCACGUGGUCUUUGCUGACUGGGUGGAUGACAGUGAUAAGGUGAACCUGGUGAAAAUGCAUCAGCUCUACAUGACCUUCAAUGAGUUGGUGUCGUUGCAGAGUGCAGCGGCUCAGGUGGAGCCCAACAUGGACCUCAUCUACCUGCUCACGCUUUCUCUAGAUCUUUACUACACAGAAGAUGAGAUUUAUGAACUUUCACUACUAAGAGAACCACGUAACCCCAAAUCAUUGCCUACCUCACCGACCACUCCCAACAAGCCCCUGGCCCCACUGGACUGGGCCUCUGGUGUCACCACCAAACCAGACCCCUCUGUGGUCAACAAACACAUCAGGAAGCUGGUGGAUUCUGUUUUCAGGAACUAUGAUCAUGACCAUGAUGGAUACAUUUCUCAAGAGGACUUUGAGAGCAUCGCUGCUAACUUCCCGUUCCUGGACUCCUUCUGUGUUCUGGACAAAGAUCAAGAUGGAUUGAUCAGUAAGGAUGAGAUGAUAGCAUAUUUCCUCCGGGCUAACCCCCUGCUCCAGUGUAAGAUGGGACCAGGUUUCAUCCAUGACUUCCAGGAGAUGACAUACCUGAAGCCCACCUUCUGUGAACACUGUGCUGGAUUUCUCUGGGGAAUUAUCAAACAGGGCUACAAGUGCAAAGACUGUGGAGUGAACUGUCAUAAACAAUGUCGGGAGCUGCUGGUUCUGGCCUGUAGGAAGCUGAUCCGCUCCGGCUCUCUGGGCAGUGUUUCUCCAGCCAGACUGACCCACAGCUCACUGCCCAGCAGCCCCACCCUGCCCACCUGUAAAGAUGAGGACGAGGUGUUUGAGUUCCCCUCUGUCACAGCAGCAAGUCCAGCUCUGGACCCUCACCCAUCCAUCACCCUGAUGACCGGCUCAGCUCAGAGGAUCUCUGUGCGCCUGCAGAGAGCCACCACCAGCCAGGCCACGCAGACCGAGCCCAUGUGGCCCGAACACAGCUGGGGAGCUACAGACAGCGGGUCACACACUUUCCCCAAAAUGAAAUACAGGACUCACAGGAAAGCGUCUAAAAAUAAAGGCUUUGCUCGCUGGGAAAACCAGAAUGAAGGGCAGCACCAGGCAGUGUCCUCACGGUGCAGCGCGGACUCACAGCAGAGGUCAGACGUCUCAGGAGAGCUCCUACAGAAUGGGGUUGCACACAGAGGGAAGGACAGCUGACUUGGUCCCAGUGGUCACAGACGCUCCUGCAGGUCCAGAAAGGCCCAAGCGGUCGGGAUCAGGAAGGUCCCUUGCCUUGGGUUCGUGCUGGGCUGCCUGAAGUCCCCCCUCAGUGACCUGGAGCUCUCAUGUCCUCUCUAACCCUUAGCACAGGCAGUGCUUCAUGUGGAGCUACGUCAGGACUGAAUGUGUGACCUCCGGGAGGAAAGGUUACAAAGAUGAGCUGAGGGUCUCAGUGGAUAACGGACUAACACCACAGUGAUAUCACCUUCGUCCUCGCCUCCUGUGACCUGGAGUCCUUUCAGGUUUAGUGUAAAUGACUGAAAUGUAACGUAAGUCUGAGUCUGAGGAUGUUUAAAACAUCGACACUUGAAAGGUCAGAUGAGAGAUGUUUAGAGUUUAAGUGUGGACUGAAAGCUCUGCGGAUUGAUGAGGCCAGUUAUUUAAAAUCCAGCAUGAAGCGAGACAUGAGAGAAAGUCAGUGAGGAUACAGGGAGGAGGAGGAGCGGUGUACAUAUUUAUAUGUCAUGUUGGAAAAAAGGGAAAUGAAAGUGAAUAUUAAGCGCUGUGUGGAAUGAUAAUGAUGAUGUAUAAUUUGAGUGUUAGUGAGGUUUUAAGGUGUUUAUUGCCAAUAUGUUUUAUGGAUUGUUUAUUUAUUUCUUCAAAAUCUGCUCCUGGCUCCAGCUGUGUCGCCUGAGCAGUCUCACUCUAUGAUGCUUCAUCAUCACAAGGACUGAAUGUGACCCAUCCAGCAUCCAAAAUCUGGAUACCAUCAGACGUGGAAGAUUUGAAAAAGUACUGAUAUCUCAAACGGAGGUGAUAAUAAAACACAGUGUUGUGUUUAUUUCUGUUUUGUCAGACUUAUGGCAUUUAUAAAACCGGUCUGUAAGAACCUAAAGAUGUUUUUCAUGGUGAUGUGAUAUUUCCAUGCUACAUUAAAAUCAAUGUACAAACGUCUAAAAGAGGGUUCACACAGCUCCAUUUUCACAGCCUGUUUUUCCUACUCAUUGUUUUUACCUUCAACCCCUCGUCGUCGGACUCUCAUUUAAUUCC